UCUCUACGUACUGCUACAACUCCUCCGGUUUGAUGGACCGUCAUACUUGGCAGUUCGACGCAAGCCUUUCCCCGUACCGGUUCUCAGAUGUCCACAACAAGUUCACGGUCACAGGGUGCAAUACCCUCGCCUACAUCUAUGCUGACAGCACCGGUAUGGGCUACCAGAGUGGGUGCGUCUCAACGUGCCAGAAUCUGACAGACUUAGCAGAUGGAUCAUGCUCCGGCUUGGGCUGCUGCCAGCCAGCGAUACCCAAGGGGAUGGGCUACUACGUGGUCGGCUUUGACAGUGGUUUUAACACAAGCCAAAUUUGGAACUUCAGCCGCUGCAGCUACGCCGUGCUCAUGGAGGUGGAAGCAUUCAAUUUCAGCACCGCGUACAUCAGCGCGACCAAGUUCAACGACACAAACACCGGGCGAGUACCCGUGGUCUUGGACUAGGCGAUAAGAAACGAGACGAUGUCGUUGUCGUGUGAGGAAGCCAAACUGAACAAGACGGGCACCUACGCAUGCCUCAGCAGCAACAGCCGGUGUGUCG